AUGGCCCAUGACCUUCUCUUCAGGCUUUUUCCACUUUUGGCCCUGGGAGUCCCCUUACAAAGCAACCGCCUUGGCCCCACAUCUCGCCUGCGCUAUUCCAGGUUCCUAGAUCCUUCUAAUGUCAUUUUCCUGAGUUGGGACUUUGACCUUGAGGCUGAAAUCAUCAGUUUUGAGCUCCAGGUCCGUACAGCUGGCUGGGUGGGCUUCGGUGUCACAAAUCGCUACACCAACGUGGGAAGUGAUCUGGUUGUUGGAGGAGUCUUGCCUAAUGGCAAUGUCUAUUUCUCGGAUCAGCACUUGGUGGACGAAGACACUCUGAAGGAGGAUGGGAGCCAGGAUGCUGAGCUGCUGGGGCUGACGGAAGAUGCUGUCUACACCACCAUGCGCUUUUCCAGGCCCUUCCGCUCCUGCGACCCUCAUGACCUGGAUAUUACGAGCGACACCGUGAGGGUGCUGGCCGCCUAUGGCCUGAAUGACACUCUGAAGCUGGAUCGGGAGCGUACUUUUGUCAAGUCCAUCUUUCUGCUACAAGUCGUCCACCCUGACGAUCUGGAUGUCCCUGAGGACACCAUCAUCCAUGACUUGGAGAUCACUGAUUUCCUCAUUCCAGAGGAUGACACCACGUAUGCCUGCACCUUUCUUCCUCUCCCUAUUGUGAGCGAGAAGCAUCACAUUUACAAGUUUGAGCCUAAGUUGGUCUACCACAAUGAGACAACGGUGCAUCACAUCCUGGUGUACGCCUGUGGCAAUGCUAGCGUUCUCCCCACAGGCAUCAGCGACUGCUAUGGGGCCGACCCUGCCUUCUCCCUUUGCUCACAGGUCAUCGUGGGCUGGGCUGUCGGGGGCACAAGCUAUCAGUUUCCAGAUGACGUAGGCAUCUCUAUUGGGACCCCUUUGGACCCUCAGUGGAUCCGACUGGAGAUUCAUUACAGCAAUUUUAACAACCUUCCUGGUGUGUAUGAUUCCUCGGGGAUUCGCGUGUACUACACUUCUCAGCUGCGCAAAUACGACAUGGGUGUCCUCCAGCUGGGCUUCUUCACGUUUCCCAUCCACUUCAUCCCCCCGGGCGCUGAGUCCUUCAUGUCCUAUGGGCUGUGUAGGACGGAGAAGUUUGAGGAGAUGAAUGGAGCUCCUAUGCCUGACAUGCAGGUGUAUGGCUACCUGCUGCACACCCACUUGGCUGGACGGGCUCUGCAAGCAGUGCAGUACAGGAAUGGAACACAACUUCGAAAAAUCUGUAAAGACGAUUCCUAUGACUUCAACCUGCAGGAGACUCGAGAUUUGCCCUCUCGAGUGCAGAUCAAGCCGGGAGAUGAAUUGCUGGUAGAAUGUCACUACCAGACACUGGACCGUGACUCCGUGACAUUUGGAGGCCCCAGCACCAUUAAUGAGAUGUGCCUCAUCUUCCUCUUCUACUAUCCCCGAAAUAACAUCUCCAGCUGCAUGGGGUACCCUGACAUUAUCUACGUGGCCCACGAGCUGGGGGAGGAGGCAUCAGACUACAUGGAGGGAAUGAUGGCCAUGAACAAUGUCGAGUGGACCCCAGAGAGCAUUAAGAAAGCUGAGAAAGCCUGCAAGGAGGCCCAGCAGACAGUGAUAAUAAAGACCAUUGAUGAGGUGUUGGAAAACACAACAGGCUGGAUUCCAGACAUCAUCCCUACUCCCCGGGGGCCCUGCUUGGAGUCCUCCGGAGGCAAAGUGGAGGCCCAGGACAAGACCUCUGCAGGCUUCAGAGCUGCACCUGUAGCCCUCUCAGGCUCUAGCAGGGCCACCCUGAGGCUUCUCCCCCUGGCGGCCGUCCUGCUGGUGCAGCGCACACUCUCCUGGCUCCCCGCCAUGCUGCAGACUGGAGUCUGAUGCUGUCUCUUCAUGUACAUACCCAGGCCGCUCUCUCCUCAGCCCUCCCUUAUCAUCAAACACAGAAACUCCUCCCCGCACAGGCCCCCCAAAUCCUUAAUCUGUGUCCCUUCUCAUGACCCAGGUCUUGACACUGCAGGCCUGGGCACUGCACAUAUUCCAUAAAGAUUCUUCUGUGACAA